AUGCAAAAACACAGUGCACGAACUAUCGAGCACAUCACGUUACCUCAAGUGAACAAAUGGAAUGUCACAGAAUUUUCAGCGUCUGAUCUGGACAUUGAUGAUCAACCGGACCAGUGUAUAUUUGGGGAUGAUGAUGCUCCUGAAAACUUUUGUGGUUACCCGAAAGAGCAGGGAAAUAUCGCAGAUAGUGAGUUAAUGGAUAAAUUACUCCUGGUGCAACGCAAACUAUCGCAGUCCAAACAACGUCACUCUGUAUUCUCGGAAAUACUCCAGAUCAACGUGUUGAAACGUAUUUUGCUGGUGGUUCAAGACUUGAUAAAUAAUCCUCAAGCGGCACCUAUUCGAUAUGUGGCAACUUUAGUCGGGGCUAGUGAUGGAUUCAAAUAUCAACCUACUCGGCAGUGCAUCUAUCCACUGAUUUGGGGGAACAUUUCGAAUGAGUUUGAAAUAGAAUACAAAACGGUAAACACACCCUCUCUGAUGUUGGAUGUUCGAGCUCUUCAAAGAAUAUUUCUUGAAUAUUACUCAGAAACCGUUGGUCCACUCUGGCCAGAUUUGGAUCGAAACAAAGGUAAGCUGAGUAGUUCUCUUCGUAUCAGUUGA